AUGCAAGCAGCAGCAGCAGCAGCAGCAGCAGCAGCAGCAACUGCAGCAGCAGCAGUUGGGGGGCAUAUUCUCAGAGUCCGCUUCAGCAGCAGCAGCAGCAGCAGCAGCAACAGCAGCAGCAGCAGCAACAGCGGCAGCAGCAGCAACAGCAGCAGCAGCAACAGCAGCAACAGCAGCAGGAACAGCAAUAGAUCUUUGACAGCUGCAGCGAGGCAGAUAGGACAAGCCUAUCCACUACUAGCUGCAGCAGGGCUUGGGCUUGCUGCUGCGGCUGCUGCUGCUGCUGCUGCUGCUGCUGCUGCUGCUGCUGCAGCACUCUGUGGCAGUUGUAGCGGCAGCAGCGUGCGAAACCCGCAGCAACAGCAGCAGCAACCGCAGCAGCAACAGAAGUAUCAGCAGCAGCUACUGCAUCUGCAUAGCAAGCAGCAAGAACAGCAACAGCAAUACGAGCAACAGCAGCAACAGCAGCAACAGCAGCAGCAGCAGCAACAGCAGCAGCAGCAGCAGCAGGAUGUCUAA